CACAGUAUAAAGCUGAGAGACUCCCAGAACUGGAGUCAAAUCUAAAAGCCUUACGACGCCACCAGAGAGACAACUCGACUGAGGAGCAAAACUAAAAGCCAUUGAAAAUGUUGAGCCUGCAUGGAUUCCAGCCUUCCCUCAGCUCAUUCAUGGGAAUGGACUGGCCAGUGCGCAGUCUCUGGCCGGAGAUCACAUCUCUUUACAGACACGGAGAGGAACUGCAGGAGCUGAAGAGAAGCCUGGAGCAGCUUGAGAAACUUCAGGAUAAGAUCCUUGAGGAGAUCCAACUGAUGCCACCCUCACAGGAGAUCUACCCAGUGGCCUGCACAAUGGAGAAAGAGGGAAGCGGCUUUGCUUUGACGCUGGACACUAAAGACUUUUCCCCAGAAGAACUGUCAGUCAGACAGGUGGGCAGGAAGCUGCAUGUCAGCGGAAAGAGUGAGAAGAAGCAGGAGGAUGGGAAGGGCUCGUACUCUUUCAGAACCCAAGAGUUCAGGCGGGUGUUUGAUCUUCCUCAAGGAGUGAAUCCUGAGGCGGUGACCUGCUCCAUGGCUGAUGGAAAGCUCUAUAUACAGGCACCAGUAAAUCAGCCGUCAGAUGCCGCUGAGAGGAUGCUGCCCAUUGACUGUCAAACUGUGAAGACAACGCAGCCGGAGACAGCCGACACCAGCACCACCCAGACGACACUCAACAAUCCUGAAAGCACUGAGCACAGAGUACAACCCUCUGCUGGACAAUCUUAAAUAAUGAUGUUUUGUUUUAUUUAAAAACAUUGUGUUGUACUUAAUUGUUUUCUAGUCUUUAAGUAAUACAAAUGAACAAAAAGAUGGAUUUUUUAUAUUGAAUAUAUACAUGGAAUUAAAUAAAAUAAGAACAGCAAAAAAUGACAUUUUCCAUUUUUUCUGUCCUCUCUAAAUUGUAAUUAAGUAUUGUAGAAUAAAAUCUCCAGAAUUCUUCAAAAAAAAAAAAAAA